AUGGGCAUCCACGACGGCAAAACGCACCAUGCCACACGCAUUCCAAAAGACAUCACGGACCUAAUCCGCAGACUCUACGACUGCCUCGACGACCCAUCCCGAAUCGACGAAUUCGCAGACAUCUUCACCGACGAUGGUGUCCUGAAAGUCCAAGGCAAGAUCUUCCAAGGAACAGAAGACAUCCUCCAAGGCCAAACCAUCGCUACAGCAGGCGGAUCCUGGCAACACACCGUCGAGGCAAUCUAUCCCUUUGGCUCAGGCGAUGAAAUCGAAUGGUUGAUGGUCAAUCUCCGCGUAGACAUGACUCCUCAUGGUCAAGGUCGUCCGAAGCGCGAGUUCGAGUCUGCGGCCAGGAUCCAGAUCGCCCGUGAAGUUGGCCGACGGGUUAGGGUCAAAUACCUUCAAGUGUAUACGUAUAUACCCGAGAAUAAAGCGCGCCUUGCGUAG